GCAAAGCCAUUUCUUAAGGGAGAUACGCAGAAAGAGGUCGGCACGCAACCAAAAUCCACGAGAGAAACAAGAGGAUUUCGAUCUGUUCGUUCACUUCGUUGCCAUCUGCUUUUCCCGAUUCUCGCUCGGCUCCAACUCUCUCUCAUUCAAUCUCUCUUAGGCAUCGAUUCGAGCUCAGCCAUGGCACCGAUUCCCCCCCGAAUGUCAAGCGUCAGCGACGAUGGAGAUACUGUAUGUCCCCUCUGUGCGGAGGAGAUGGACAUCACUGAUCAGCAGUUGAAACCAUGCAAGUGUGGAUAUGAGAUUUGUGUUUGGUGCUGGCAUCAUAUUAUGGAAAUGGCUGAGAAAGAGAAGACAGAAGGGCGUUGUCCUGCAUGUCGCACUCCAUAUGAUAAGGAGAGAAUUGUUGGAAUGUCUGUAAACUGCGAGAGGUUGGUGGCGGAAAUGAAUGGAGGGAGAAGACACAGAUCCCAAAAGGGUAAAAGCAAAGUAUCAGCUGAAGCCAGGAAGCACCUUAGCACUGUUCGGGUGGUACAAAGGAAUCUUGUUUACAUAAUUGGAUUACCUGCGGACUUAUGCGAUGAAAGUCUUCUUGAGCGCAAGGAAUAUUUUGGUCAGUAUGGGGAAAUAUUGAAGGUGUCAAUUUCUCGUUCUGCUAGUACAACGAACCAGCAGGCAUCUAAUGGCAAUAUAUAUAUUACUUAUGCUAGAGAAGAAGAUGCUGUUAGAUGUAUUCAAGCUGUGCACAACUAUGUAUUGGAUGGUAAACGUUUAAGAGCUUGCUUUGGGACAACUAAGUAUUGUCAUGCCUGGUUGAGAAACAUGAGUUGCAGCAAUCCAGAUUGUUUAUAUUUGCAUGAUAUAGGUAGCCAAGAGGAUAGCUUCACUAAGGAUGAAGUUAUUUCAGCAUAUACAAGGAGUGUUGUCUCUCAGGUUCCUUCCUCUAAUUUACAAAGACGUGUAGGAAGUUUAUUGCCUCCUGCAGAGGAUUGGUGCAACUUGCAAACACUCUCUGACAAACAUUCAGUUAAUAAUGCCUCAAAAGCUUCUGAAGUUCAGGCCACAGUUUCAAAUGCUAUUGCUGGAAGGCUUCCUAUUCUGCCAGCAGCUUCCUUCUGGGGUUCACGUGCUUCAAAAGGCUCAAUGUUGUCUGCAACCACUGUAUGCUCCGAAAAUUCAAUGAAACAAAAGGUAGAAACCAAAAACCAUUCAUCUACGUAUUCUUCAAUCACCAUGGGUGCAAAGGAGGUGUCUUCUGCUUGGCAUGAUGAUGACGUUACAGCAUCCUUAACUGAAGAAGGGAAUGGCAAUCCCCUUCCUUCGGGAUCUUCUAAAUUUCAUUCUGGACAGUCCUCUCUAACAACUGAAUCAGAUCCGUUGUCUCUUUCUCUUCAUUUUGAUGCUCACGGUUUUGGAGAUUCAGCAUGGGAUGAUGAACCUAUCAUAGAGUCUAAGCUUGUUGAGGAAAGUUUUCCUUUACAGGCUCCAUCUGCUGUAGAUGGUGAAUGCCAAACUUCAGGAGCGGGCUUGUCAACAAAUUGUGCUUCAGAUAAAAUAAGUUACAGUUUCUCGCAUGUUUCUCAAGACAAGGAUAUUAUCUUUGCAUCUGGGAAAAAUAUAGAUUCUGUGAAUUUAAUGUGUGAGGAAAGUUUGCACAAACAACGUUGUAGUUCAACAGAUGUUAAUCAACACACAUCAAAUAUGGAUAAAAGUAAACAAAACAUGGGGCGCUUGCGUAAAAAGAAUGCUUUUGCGGAUUAUACUACACUGAAAAACCAGUUAUCUAGAAAAGAGCAAUAUGAUUCUGAAGAUCUAGGAAAUUUAGCUUCAGUUUCCACACCCAGUUGGAAUAUUGAGCUGCCAAAGAUGGAUUUAGAAUCAUCAGGAGAUGGGGAUCAGGAUUCUUCUUUAGCUGUUAUUGAUACAAGACAAAUAGGCUCUGUUGACGCCACUCAAAGAUCAUGUUCCCCCCAAUUUACUCACUCUCUUAGUAAUCACAAUCAUCAGCCAUGUGAUAGCUUAAAUAACCUUGAUGGAACUAUCAACUCUUCAUCUGGAGAGUCUUUCAUGCACACAAAUGCAGUUUCUAAUUAUGCCCUUUCCAAUGAGGGAGAUAAAGUAAGCCUUAACAAUAUGUACAAACCUGAGAGCUCUUUAGGCAGUGCUGAGAUAAGCUCUAUUGUAGGUUGCAGAUAUGUUGAUAGUUCUAAUGAUUUAGGUGGAAGUGACAAGGAUGCCAAUGUAAAUACCAAAGAAAGCAGCAUCAUUACAAAUAUAUUAUCAUUAGAUUUUGACCCAUGGAAUGACUCAUUGUCGCUAACUAACAACCUGUCUAUGCUACUUAAUGAAAAUGAUGGCCAAAAUGGUUCUUUUAUGCUUUCAAGGCCACGGAUUUUACAAAAUACCAAUCAAUCCAGAUUUUCCUUUGCUAGACAAGAGAAUCAAGUCAAAUCAGUUGAACCUUCUAUCAGAGAUAUUGAAAAUAUGAAGAGAGGUAUUAUAUUAAAAGAUUCGCUUGUCAAUGAUUUUCAAAAUGGCUCCACAGCUGCUGCUUCUAGUGGUUUUUGUGGAACAUUAUCAGAUAGGCCUGCAGGUGUUUCAAAACUCAAAAUGUUGGCUCCGCCUGGAUUUUCAGUGCCGACCAGAUCACCUCCUCCCGGGUUUUCUAAUCAAGACCGUUUUGACCAGAGUGCCAUGGCAAAAGUUACAGAGAAUUAUCUACAUGGUAAUUCUCUAUCUAGGAAUCAAUAUGAAGUUCGUCCAACGGGAAAAAAUUCUGUUGAUGUGGAAUUCAUAGACCCAGCAAUACUGGCUGUUGGUAAAGGCCAUAUGCCGAUCGGAACCAAUAUUAACAAUUUUGGCUCUGCUUUUCCUGAACGGUUCAGGUCAGAGGAUGACCUGAUUCAUCAGCUACUAACAAAGCGGUCAGCUUCUCAUCAAAAUAUGAGAAUUUCUAACCCUGUAAUGGAAAAUUUUUUUGCUCUUAAUGAUUCAUAUCCCACCUCCUAUCUCUUCCCACAAAACCAUGCGACUUUAUCUCCUUCGCUACAAUUUUCGCUGCAGCAGCCUCAAAGCUCACCAAUCUUAAGUAGCCAUUGGGAUAGUUGGAAUAGUAAGCAAUCUAAUACUUCUACGGGCAUGACGGAUACAUUGAAGAACGAGUCAUUCGGGCUGGAUAAUUCAUGUAUUGGCAAGGCUGAAUAUAGAUUUCAUAUUCCAAGUUCGGGAAAUAUAUACGACAGAUCCUUUGGGAUAUAAUAGAUGUUUGAUGUUUUGCAGCAUUAUAUUUCAUAAGCUUUGCUGCAGUAUAACUAUGGAGUUGAUAACUAGAAGCCUCUUGAACACUGAAGAAGUUUUGUCUUUUGAGCAGUUGUCUUCCAAGUUGGAUCUUCUGGGCGUGCUUCAAAAAUUUGGUCAACCAUCAUCAGAACCACAGAAGAUGAAACUAUCUAGGCGCAUUGAUCUGAAGGUGAGAAAUUGUGCAGCUUUAUGCGUGGGGUGCUUUGGUUUUUUUCCUUUUAUGCUGCUUUGUUUGGGAAGAAGCUUCAAAACCGCAGUGGGUAACAAAAACUCCAUUUGCUUUGUAUUUUUGGGUCACAAAACUUUGGUUUCUUUCGUUGCAGAUUUCUUCCCUUUCUUAUAGUAAGCUCCCUUUAAACAUUUCUAUAUGAAAUAAAAUUAAUUUUGAUUUAUAUUGGUCAUUUUCUAAUGAUUAAUGUAUGUAUGUGUGUCUGAAUUUGAAUUGUGAUGAGCAUAGCACUUCUUGUUAUCUUCAUUUGCCUACUUCUGAGUAAUCAAUACCCCCCCUAUUGAAAACUGUGUGAAAGCUGCAGUGUGUC